AUGCAAGGAGCAAGCGCUCUACGGCCAGAUCAUGGAGCGGUUCAAAGCUUUGGUUGGAUCGGACUUCAAGCCAAAAAGUGUGAUGUCGGACUACGAACGGGCGAUCCUGAACACCAUGCAAACUGCUUUUCCGGAAUCGAGAGUGUCUGGAUGCAGAUUUCACUUCAGCCAAGCAGUUCUCCGGAAAUUAACAAUGUGAAAAUAUUUACGAUCUGGUUAUUUUUGUUGUUCAUUAUUUAUAACUUUUCCCAAAUUUUUCAGAAUGUCUUUGAAGCUGGCAAAGGCGUCGACAAUCUGGAGAUUCCUCUCAGAUCUGAGGAUGUUCGUCAUCGAGCCAGCAAAGAUCGAUGUCCUACAGUUGGACAACAACAUCAGGAUCCGGAGGAACAUCAAAUUAUCGAACCAGGUAGCGGCCAGAACUGUGAAGAAUCAGGAGGAGCGACUGACCAAUGGGGAAAUCACCUCCAUUUUAUGGCCCACAGAGUGCCCACUCCGGUUCUUCCGAAUGACCCAGAUCAGGAUGAGGCCGAUGCAGAGCUGGCAGCAGAAAUGGCCGCCGAUGGCUACGCCGAUGAUGAGGAUGGCGACGACGAAGUCUUUGACGAACACGGAGAUGAUGACGCAUUCCUGGCAGCCGCAGGGCCACAGGCAGAUGGACAACAGCAACCGGGUCACGCCGCCGCAGGUCCCGCCGCCGCAGGUCCAGCAGCAGAACCGUGUUGCAUUUGCAUGGCGAGCCCCAAGGACACAAUACUACUGCCGUGCGGGCAUGUCUGCGUGUGUUCAACAUGUGCAGCCCUUCUCGAAGCCCAAGGAAUUGACGAUGAACCCGAGGGCGUCUAUUUGCGCCCCGUAUGUAGGACACGGGUUACUUCGCGACAUCGGCUGUUCUACGCCUGAAAAAAUUGACUGGAAAUGGCUUUCUAUUUCCUAUUAUUUUUACAUCUACUUUCAUUUU